AUGGCCACCCCACAGGACAUAAGGGCCCAGCACAGAGCUUGGACGUGUGACCUGCUCCACCCAUAUUCGUUGGGUGAAAGGUGCCUAUGAGAUGGCGUGGCAGAGAACGAAAAUGAGCUGGAGUGGAAGAAACCAGAGCGAGAGAAGCCAACUUGCCAGAGUCCAUUGCCUGGCCAAAGAGCAGAAAAAGGAAGACAAAUGCUUGGAAGGAAAGAGGGAAAGACAAAAAGCUGGACUGAGGAGCUCCACUUUCACUUUUUGUUGUUUUUGUCUUUAAGAAAAGCAACAAGGGGGCCAGGCACAGUGGCUCACGCCUGUAAUCCCAGC